GUGUAGAGAGAAGAUGGCGGCGGCGGCGGGCGCGGCGGCGGCCCUGGAGAGCAGCGUCGGCAUUGCUAAGAUGGUGGAUGCUGCAACGGGAGGCGGCGUCAGCAUGAUCCCGGUGGCGCCUGCGGCGAACGGGGCUGGCAACGGCAUCGUGGGCGACGGGCUCCCGAAGAGUGAAGGUGAACGGCCAAACCAGAACGAGAAAAGGAAAGAGAAAAACGCCAAGCGAGGAGGGAGUCGCUUUGAACCCUAUGCCAGCCCUUCGAAAAGAUACCGAGCCUUCAUUACCAAUAUCCCCUUUGAUGUGAAGUGGCAGUAUCUCAAAGACCUAGUUAAAGAGAAAGUUGGUGAGGUUACAUACGUGGAGCUCUUAAUGGACGCUGAAGGAAAGUCAAGGGGAUGCGCUGUGGUUGAGUUCAAGAUGGAGGAGAGCAUGAAGAAGGCUGUGGAGGUCCUGAACAAACACAGCCUCAGCGGGAGACCCCUGAAGGUGAAGGAGGAUCCUGAUGGAGAGCAUGUCCGCAGGGCCGUGCAGAAGGCCAUGGCAGCGUCUGGAGGAGGGAUGGGCAUUGGCCCUGGCCCUGGCGGCCCUGGGAUGGUUAAUAUUCCUCCCAGCAUCCUCAACAACCCCAACAUCCCAAAUGAGAUCAUCCAUGCUCUCCAGGCAGGCAGGCUGGGCAGCACUGUCUUUGUGGCCAAUCUCGAUUACAAGGUGGGCUGGAAGAAACUCAAGGAGGUCUUCAGCAUGGCUGGUGUGGUGGUCCGGGCAGACAUCCUGGAGGACAAGGAUGGGAAAAGCCGUGGAAUCGGCACUGUGACUUUUGAGCAGGCCAUCGAAGCUGUUCAAGCCAUCUCCAUGUUCAACGGGCAGCUGCUUUUCGACCGGCCAAUGCAUGUGAAGAUGGACGAGCGAGCCCUACCAAAAGGGGACUUCUUCCCACCAGAGCGUCCCCAACAGCUUCCCCAUGGACUCGGAGGCAUUGGCAUGGGAUUGGGACCUGGAGGAAUCCCUAUUGAUGCAAACCACUUGAACAAAGGGCUGGGCAUGGGCAACCUGGGUCCAGGAGGAAUGGGCAUCGAAGGCCUGGGCUUUGGCAUGAGCAAGAUGGGAGGGAUGGAGGGCCCUUUCAGUGGCAUGGAGAGCCUGGGCCGUUUUCCUUCUGGGAUGAACCUCAGCAGGAUGAGCGAAAUGGACCGUGCCAUUGGAGGUGGAUUUGAAAGAGACUUCCCGAGAAAUGAAAUGGGCAUGCCUCGUAGUUUUGGAGAAACUCUGGACAGAGGAAUUGGUGGCGGUGGUGGUGCCACCAGCAUACCUGCAAUCGACAGAAUGGCACCUGGGCUUGACCGCAUGGCGACCAGCAUCGAUAGGCUCCCCUCUGGGAUGGGCCACGGGAUAGACAGAGUGGGCUCAGAGAUGGACAGGAUGGGGCUCGUGCUGGACCGCAUGGGUUCUGGCGUGGACAGGAUGGGCUCAGGCAUCGACCGCAUGGCCCCCCUUGGCAUCGACCACCUGGCGUCCAGCAUUGAUCGGAUGGGCUCUGGAAUAGACCGGAUGGGUGCUGGCCUUGGCUUUGGGAUUGACCGCAUGGGCUCGGCCAUGGACCGUGUUGGCACCACCAUGGACAGGAUGGGUGCUGGCGUGGACAGGAUGGGGCUGGGCAUGGUCCCGGCAGGGAUGGGCCCCGUGAUGGAUAGGAUGCCAGCUGGGCUGGACCGCAUUGGGGCGGCCCCGAUUGACAGGAUGGGGCUGGACCGCUUGGCUGCCUCCAAUGUGGAGAGGAUGGGUCUGGACCGCAUGGGUGCAGCUGCGACUAGCAUGGAGAGGAUGGGGCCGGCCAUGGGGCAGGGCCUGGGGGCAGGGCUAGACAGGAUGGGGUUGGCCCUGGGGAGCUCCUUUGAGCGGUCCAUGGAGAUGGAUCGGGGGAACUUUGCUGCCGGGAGCUUCGCUGGUGCCCUUGGAGCCGGAGGACCUGUUGCUGCCACCACUGCAGGAGUGGCCAGGAAAGCUUGCCAGAUCUUCGUGAGAAAUCUUCCCUUUGACUUCACAUGGAAAAUGCUGAAGGAUAAAUUCAAUGAGUGUGGGCAUGUCCUGUAUGCAGACAUCAAAAUGGAAAAUGGGAAGUCCAAAGGGUGCGGUGUGGUCCGGUUCGAGUCACCUGAAAUCGCUGAGAGAGCUUGUCGCAUGAUGAAUGGCAUCCAGCUGCGUGGCAGAGAGAUCGACGUGCGGAUUGAUAGAAAUGCUUAAAACAUUGCCUUCCUAGAUACCAGUGAAAUAGAGGGAGCUUGGUUUGUACUUUUUCCUUGUUAAAGACUUUGUUAAUUUGCCUGGAUGUAAAAAUGGUGAGACAAUUCUGUUGCUUUCUGGAGUAAUCUUAAGUCCUCUUCUAAAAAAUUAGUUUUUCCCAUUUUACUGCCAUGUUUUUUCACUGGAAACUGUUUAACAUGCACAGUCUUGGUUCUUUGUGGUGGUGUAUCACCCUUGUUGAAUUUUAAGAUAUGUUAUCACAGUACGUCUUUGGUAAUAAACUUUUACAGUAACUGGUGAUUUUGAAACUUCUGCCCAUCCCUCACUGUUAAACGAUCCCCUUGUGGAAAGAACUAUUUGGAAGGAAGAGAGAAAGUAGAAUUGAUAACUGUAUGUUUUUGCCUCUGGAAAGUAGUUUGUUCUGAAAUUUUAUGAAGUGUUUUGGGAAAAUGUACAAUUAGAAGUCAGACCAAAAUCCACUUGUCUUGUAUGAGAUCUGUCAAUAAUAAAAGCAUUCUCUUGUGA